CGUAAACUCAAAUGAUCAGGAGACAUGUAAUUUGGAUUUUAUUAAAGUUCACUAUGGUGGCCCAGAGGGGUCAACAAAUUCCAAACGCUACAACGGAAGUUAUACUUAAACGGAAGGCAGGGACGAAGGACAAAGGUUUUUGCAUGGAAAAAGUACAAUGUAUUGUCCUUUUUGUGGAUUUUUUCUGCAUUCAACCACAGCAUUUUGCUCUUCGUGUGGCAAGGACAUAAAAUUCUUGUGUCCUUCUGAUGAUACUGGUCCAACUAAAGGAACAUCUGCAGUGGAAUCAUGCAACAAUUUCCGGACUUUAAAACAGAAGGAGAAACGAUCAUUUUUCAAAAGGAAAAAAACAAAGCACAGGGAAAACGAUGUCAAGAUUUCAGUAGCCCUGAUGCAGUUGAAGGGUGGAAUACUACAACCUGUAAGAGGAACAGCCCUCCCCCUUGUAGUGAAUCCAGAGGUUGAUGCAGAACAUUUGCACAAAGCUGCAGUACAAAAAAUGAAGGACUUCAAUAAACAGCUGGAAAGUGCCUCCUUUUAUCUACUCUAUUCUGAUGGGACAAGGAUAAUAAACAUUCCAGAAACUGAGAGUCCCUUCACUCUGAAAGGUUUCAAGGAUGCAGUGGGCAAGGCUUACCAGCGCAUCACCGUAUACAUUUGUGAAGUACAGGAUUACCUUACCUAUUAUCAGUCCAGCUCAGACACAAAGUCUGAAACAUCGGAUUCAGAAGUGAUCACAAGCAGAAGUGUUGCAGAGUUCAAUGCAGCUGAUACAGUGGAAGGAGUAAAGACAGAGAACGACCACAUCAACCUCAAAGUUGCAGGGCAAGAUGGGUCAGUCGUCCAAUUCAAAAUCAAACGACACACGCCGCUCAGCAAACUAAUGAAGGCAUACUGCGAACGACAGGGACUUUCAAAAGGGCAGAUCAGGUUCAGGUUUGAUGGCCAGCCAAUCAAUGAGACGGAUACACCUGCACAGCUGGAGAUGGAAGAUGAAGACACUAUAGAUGUUUUCCAGCAGCAGACAGGCGGGAACUGCUAAGCCCUACCACCCCACCUCACUGACGGCCAUGUUCAGACCAUGCCCUAGACCUUCACUGUCUCUCCCUCCCCGAUUGCUCCGGCCAACUUAUUAUUGUUAUUAAUAAUAUUAUUAUUAUUUUCUCUUUUCAAAGACAUUUUUUGCCUGAUGUGUCAGUGCUCUUCAGCGGUUUAUGUACUCUCUUAGUCAAGACUGAACUUGUGUUUUCAGUCUUUGCGGCUGGUCAGGUAGCACCACCAUUUCCUUUCUGGUGCUGCAGAUUGUAAUCAGACCAACGGCUCACCACAGAAACCGCUGUGUGGCUGUUUCUAGCACAUCAGAGUGUAAGGGUCUGCAGGUUUUUUGUCCAAGGGUCACAGUGGGGCGUGAAAGUGAAGCAUUGUCUCUGAACCACCCUCCCGCUUGCUAUUUCACUUUGCUUUUUAUUUGUUUGUUUGAACAGAUGUAUUUUAGGUAUCUUUACGUUUUAGGUGCUUCUGCGUUGUUUUUGUACUUUUUGCCUCCCGUUUUAAAGUUUUUUGUUUUUUUUUUCUGUAUAGAAAUAUCCAAAUGGGUGUUAGAUUAGUUGUGAGGUUAAGAACAAUACUCCAAAGACAGAACAUCUGCUUCUCUCUAAAUGUAUAUUUCUCUAAUUGCAAGGUUAAAACGGUGUCAUUUUGAGGUGUUAAGUUAGGUCGUUAGUAUUGUUCUCUCCAGCUUCUAAUAGAGAACAAUCUGUUGUACAGAUUGCCAUUUGCUCAGGCGAAAUGCUCGAUCAGGGGGUAAAACAAUUCUAUGCCAUUGAAGUAGGCUUAGCUUUGGUCGUUUCUCAGUAACAAAUGCAUCUUUUUCCUCUUUAUUUUUUAUUGUUUUGGGCUAUACAACUGGCAGUGAUCUGUCCCUGCGAUAUAAGCAGCUCGGCUUGCAGCAGGAGUUCGGCUGUGGGCGACAGCGACUGAGAAGUUGUUCCCGACUGCUGUUUUCGGGGUCAAGCAGCUUCCAGUUUAAGCAAGGACAUGCAGCCGAAGCAGAACGUUGUAAGCACAUCACUUUUUUACGAUACAUCAUCUGCUGAGAUGUGGUAUUUAAAUGUGCUCUGCUGCAGUGUUACAGAGGAGACAUCUCUGAUUAUUCUCUGGAGUUCAGAGUGUGACGUUCGGUGCAUCACUCCACAUCUGGAGAGCAGGAAGGUCAACCGGUGGAGUUUUGGGGAUAAGCGCAGGCCACAGAGUUGCUUAGUUUUGAUCCGUUUCUAUUUCGACACAAACGUGGAUCCUUCUGUCCCGAAUGAAAUGAGCUGAAUUCUUUUUGAAGCAGCUUCAGAUGUGCACAAAAGUGAGUGUUUGGAGUUGUAUGGAGCAAUACGGUUGCUUUUGAGGUUCAAAGCAUCAAAAAAGGCAUUGGUUUUUGAAUUUUGUUGUAACUGAGCAGGUGUAGUCUCAUUUCAAACAAGAAAACUAAACAAAUAACAGCAAAUCCCCUUCGUUCCCACUAGCCUGUCAGAAAGCCAUUUCCUUUUUAUAUUAAACCUGUUCACAUCUUAUUCAGCUAUAUUUUUGUAUACAUCCUUUUUAGCAGUCCAGUAUAUUGCGGUAUCCAUUUGUUUUGGAAAACAAAUACAUAGUUGCCAUCUGCUAUUUGAACUCUUUAUUUUACUGUAAGUUCUCAAAUGACUCCCGAACAGCCAUCUCUCCUCGUUAAACGGUGUGUUAGAGGAGGGCUAAGUCUUUGUGCGACGCGUCUUGGCACAAAUUAUUUACUGGUAAUGAUUGUGAGUUUAACUUUCGUCACAAAUAUAAGCACAUUUUAUCAGAACCUAUAAAUUAGCCUUUCACAUUCUUUGCAUUUUAACAACUGGGUUUCUCUGGACAGAAGUCUUUUUGGCGGCUGGCUGAACUACACUGUUAUGUAUGAAGAAUGGGGUCCAGGUCUUGUCUUGUUUGUUUCUCUACUGAUUUGUACAUUAUUUGUGGUCUUUUACUACUGUAUACAAUAAAUAUAGUUUGGUACUCAGA